AUGUUCAAUGUAAGGUUAAUGGAGCUCGGCCCAAUCCUUGGCCAAUAUCUUUGGCCUGCCCUUCUCAAUCUCCUCUUCAUAUCAGAUUUGGUGUGGGCAAGGACUUCGGGUGAGUUUCGACCACUUUACUCUCCAAUUUUAUGUUGUACUAGACAAAGAUCGAUUAAACUUGUAUUUUUGAGAUGUUCGAUGUCUCUAAAACAAAUAAACGUAAGAUUUUCCCAUUUUCAGACCGAAACAAGAUUGCGUAUCCAUCGUAUUUACGGGUGAAUCGAUGCUACAGCUGUAUGAGUCCCAUGUACGAAGAAUUGUUCAAGUCCGGCGAUCUGGGCCAGUUCUUUUUCGAGCCGCGCAACUUCACCUCCAAAUGCGAGCAUCCCAUCGAUACCACUGGCAUCGGGCUGGUCCCUUGUCGAGCAAUCUGCUUGACACUCACGCAGGAGUUUACUGUCAUGGGUAAGCCUUAUUGAGUUCCUUUUUUGAGGGCUUCUUUGAUAAGUCUUUCUAUUAGGUUGUCCAACAAUUAAUGUCGUUCUUUAAAAGGUUUUUUGUACAAAGAAAUUUACCGUAAUAACGAAGAUAUCUUUGAUCAAGAUAAUCACCAUGUGUUAUACAAUAAACCAUGCAGAAUUUGUAGGAAAAGAAACCGUUUCAUAUCCGUUAGUGCCCUCGCUAACUAAACCCUCAAAUUUCAGGUCGAAAAACGGGUCGUCGACUGACAAUGCGCGGCUGCGCCACCUCCUUGAGUCGCUACGGGUUCCACAAUCAGACGAUCGCACUCUUCGAUCAAUACGAUCUUUGUCGGGAAGUAAGGGCGUCGGAUUUGUUCCGAUACGGCAAUGAUCCGCAACUGAUCAACGUCUGCAGUUGUCUGGGAGAUCGUUGUAAUGGGGCGUCGCUGGGAAGUCGAAGGACGGCGCCGCAAUUAGGAUAUCUGAUUCUUGGGCUGGCUGUGAUGGCCGGACUGGUGCUGAGGUGCUGCUGA